AUGCUGUUGGUUACAGAAUCUCGUACUCUCAAACUUCAACUGAAGCUAGUUCGUGCAGCAUCUCGAAUUGUCUCAAGCCUCUUUUCUGUGUUCAACUCUCCGUGUUCUUCUUGCCCCGGAGAACCAGAAGAGGAGAAGGAGAAGAAAGAGGAACAAACAAUGGCUUUCAAUAUUGAAGAUUUCAAAAUUAUCAAGGAAGGAGAAGCUGAGAUUCUUAUGCAUAAGAAGAAUACAGUCUUUUUUAACAAAGCUCAGGUUAAUAAUAGGGAUUUAUCCAUUGCUGUUUUGAGGACAUUUAUAUCGAAAAGGAAGCAAGAGCAUGAAGCAAAUUUGUUGAAGAGAGCAAAAGGGGCAAAGAAAUCAUCUGAAAAUGAUUCUUCUGAAUCGGUUGUGGAGGAAGUAGAUAACAAAGCUCCACCAGAGAAUCAUAAAUUGAAUGGCAAAUCUGAAUUAGUGGAAGAGGCUUCUCCCGAAGAAUCAUGCACUACCAUGGAAGGUUCAGGUAAGAUCGAUGAAGAAUGUGAUGCUGAUGAAGAGCAAGUUAAUCACCCGGAAGUAAAAGGACCAAAGGAGCUGAAGCCACCGAGGGUUCUUGAGGCCUUGUCUGCUUCUGGGUUAAGGGCUCUCAGAUAUGCUCGUGAAGUAGAAGGAAUUGGUCAAGUUGUUGCUUUGGACAAUGAUCCAGCAUCUGUUGAAGCUUGCAGAAGGAACAUUCAAUUCAAUGGCUCGGUCGCAAUUUCAAAAGUGGAGUCUCAUCUUGCUGAUGCUCGUGUAUAUAUGCUAGCAAACCCUAAAGAAUUCGACGUGGUUGAUCUUGAUCCAUAUGGUUCACCUUCCGUGUUUCUCGAUUCAGCAGUUCAAGCUGUUGCUGAUGGAGGUAUACUGAUGUGUACCGCAACAGAUAUGGCCGUACUCUGUGGAGGAAACGGGGAGGUUUGCUAUUCAAAAUAUGGAUCAUACCCGACGAAAGGAAAAUAUUGCCAUGAAAUGGCCCUGAGGAUCGUUCUUGCUUCCAUUGAGAGUCACGCAAAUCGAUACAAGCGGUAUAUUGUUCCUGUGCUAUCUGUUCAAAAAGACUUCUAUCUUCGUGUUUUUGUUCGCAUAUACACUUCUGCAAGUGCUAUGAAAAACACUCCGCUAAAGCUUUCAUAUGUUUAUCAGUGCACUGGUUGCGAUUCUUUCCACCUUCAACCUCUUGGAAGGGCCUCCACCAAGAACGCUAGUGUCAGAUAUUUGCCCGGAUUCGGUCCUGUUGUUCCUCAAGAUUGCACUGACUGUGGGAAAAAAUUCAUUAUGGGUGGUCCUAUAUGGUCUGCUCCUAUACAUGACCAAGAAUGGGUAGCUUCUAUUAUAACAGACGUGAAUCGGAUGAAAUCCAGCUAUCCUGCUUACGAACACAUAUCCGCCAUAUUGAAUACAAUAUCAGAGGAAUUGCCAGAUGUUCCACUAUUUUUGAGUCUGCACAACCUUUGCGCAACCCUUAAAUGCACAUCUCCGUCGGCAGUUAUUUUCCGUUCUGCUGUGAUCAAUGCUGGAUAUCGUAUCUCUAGAUCUCACGUUUGUGCAAUCGGGCUUAAAUCAGACGCACCUAUGGAUGUUAUUUGGGACAUUAUGCGCUGCUGGGUUAAAAAUCAUCCCGUUAAAGGUCAGCCGGCAGAUCAACCAGGAAGUAUCAUACUCGCAAAGGAACCUGUUCUUCAGGCUAAUUUUGCUCGAGCUGUAGCGUCUCUAAGCAAGGCGCAAGCGAAGAAAGUUUCGAGGUUUCUUCCAAAUCCGGAAAGGCAUUGGGGUCCAAAACUAAGGGCGGGACGAACAAUCACCAGCAAGCAUGUCUCUCUGAUAGGUGAAGCAGCCCUCAAUGCUCUCAACGAUGAAGAAGAUAAUGAAGAAGAAGAACCUAAAAGUAAGAAGCCAAAGACUGAAGAAGAUAAUAAUGCCACAUCUUAG